ACCAAGUGUUUUUGUGCCCAAACCCAACCAGACCUUUACCUCAGCGUUGUCACAUCAUAAAAACAUAAUUGUUUUGUACAAUGACGAAUUACGCGCACAAUGAAUAAACGUCUACAAAUCUCGCGAGACCUUCGUAAAUAGGGUUACCAUUUAAACAUCCGUUACAUCUUCUCUCCCUUUCUCUUUUCAGUGAUUAUUGUGAUGGGCAAAAUCACAAAAAUCAGUAAGAACAACAAUAACACCUGGAUAUUUUUAGAACGUGGUAUUGUUACUCGAGUGAUAAUGCAUAAAGGAUUUGAAUACUUCCUCCACCACUGGAUACAAGGAAGAUCCUCUGUACUCCAGCAGCUGAGCAGCUCAGCCUCAGAUGUCAGAUCAAGCCAGCACUGCCUCUGAGUGGACAUGACUUCACAUUACACAUGAGCGAAUCAUCACAGGCUCAACCAAACAUGGACAUGCAGGCUGAUAUAGGGGUGGAGUAUUCUUCAUUUCAGUUCCAGAUACUAUGACAGUAAAAAUUUAUAAUACAAAUGGAAGACAUAGAGUAUAAUGAAGUAAAUGUUUUGUGUACGUCUUUCAUACGUUGUUUUAAGACAGGCUUAAAAAAACUAAACCUAACUUUUAACUUUUGAAGAUGAAAUGAUGACAAAUGGAUCAAGAAUAGAGAACAAGAGUUUUAAAAGAAGGUUAUGUUUUACUCUUAGGGUCUCUUCCUCGUGUAUUUCAUCCCAUAUUUUUCACAUUUGGUCAGUGAACAUCUAGAUUUCCUAUUUUUGGUUAUUGAAAAUUGAGAGUAAAUAUACCUGCACUAGUAAAACUCUACAUGUGAAUUUAGACAAUUUUAUGUUCUCUAUGGUCUCUGUAAUUCUGUAUGUCUGUAUGGUUUUCACUCUAUUCACCUUCCUGCGCAUGAGCUCUUAGGUGCCGGUGAAUAAUGCAGGAGGCUUAUGAGAAAGUCUUUGGCCGUUACGCUUUUACACCAACGACUGAUCCUGGCUCAGGGGCCGAAACCAAAGCUAUGGCUGGUACAUCAAGAGCCGGAGGUGAAACGCUUGCCUGAGACCGGCGGUUAGGAGGAGAGAGUAACCGGAGAGCACCUUUCACAGAGUGAAACUGUGCUGAUCAGGUGUCUGAGGAAGAAAAGACCUGAACCGGAGACAGAAAGAUGGAAGCCGCGGGCCUUGUGGAUUCACAGGAAAAACUCAGAUAUGACUGCGUAGUGAUCAGGGGCCAGGCAGGCCAAAGGUCCAUUCUGUGCCUCUCCUGAGUGACUCCUCCUAGACGAGAUAACCAGUGCUCUAGCCUCUCAGGGAUCCAGCUUCCUCUCUGAACUGGUCUGAAGCAUUGCAGAGCUCUGGAAGACCACAGUGCUGUACCCAGGCCGGUGGGAUCUGCACUGAGAGGCAGCGGACAAGACUAACUGGAAACACACAGGCUCUUAUGAAGGUACACACAGCAGAAGUGACAAUGGAUCAUUUCACACAGAUUUCCCGAGAAGGCCUGGAAGAGCUCAGAGAAGCUUUUAACAAAAUCGAUAUUGAUAACAGCGGCUAUGUGAGUGACUUUGAGCUUCAGGAGCUGUUCAGAGAGGCGAAUUUCUCCCUGCCAGGGUACAAGGUGCGAGAGAUCAUAGAGACCUUCGUCGCUGGAGACACCAACAAGGACGAGAAGAUCAGCUUUGAGGAAUUUGUUUCUAUCUAUCAAGAGCUGAAGAGUAAGGAGCUCAGUGAGACGUUUAGAAAAUCCAUCACAAGGAGAGAUGGGAUCCGCUCCUUUGGAGGAAUGUCAGGAAUCUCCAGCGAGGGAACACAGCACUCCUACUCUGAUGAGGAGAAAGUGGCAUUUGUCAACUGGAUCAACAAAUCCUUGGCAAAAGAUCCAGACUGCCAACAUUUUCUUCCCAUGAACCCCGACGACGAAAGCCUCUUCAAUUCUGCCCGCGAUGGCAUCCUGUUAUGCAAAAUGAUCAACAUGUCUCAACCUGACACGAUUGACGAAAGAGUCAUCAACACUAAGAAACUUACCACCUUCAAAAUGACAGAGAAUCUGGUCCUCGCCCUGAACUCAGCCUCAGCAAUUGGCUGUACGGUGGUGAGCAUUGACGCCCAUGAUCUGAUGGCUGGAAAACCCCAUCUGGUCCUGGGACUUUUCUGGCAGAUUAUCAAGGUUGGCCUCUUUGCUGAUAUAGAAAUCAGCAGGAACGAAGGUCUAAUUGGCCUUAUGACAGAUGGAGAACAGCUGGAUCAUCUAAUGUCUCGCUCUCCUGAGGAGUUGCUGCUCCGCUGGGUCAACCAUCAUCUACACAACGCUGGAACAGAGACGAUAGGCAACUUCAGUGAAGACAUCAUGGACUCGCGGGCAUAUUUCCACCUGUUGUACCAGAUAGCUAGCCAAGAAGAGUAUGAAAUGGGCGGCAAAAUCGACAUGAGAGGCCUGCAUGAGCCUGAUUUGGAUCAAAGGGCCGAGCUGAUGCUGCAACAGGCGGCCCGGCUGGAUGGCAGACAGUUUGUUUCUGCUCACGAUGUCACAUCUGGAAACAUCAAACUCAACUUGGCGUUUGUGGCCAACCUGUACAACAUGUACCCUGCUGUGAGGGCUCAGAUGAACGGAAACAGCAUAGACGCUGCACAGAUAGAGGGUGAGUCCAGAGAGGAGAAAACAUUUCGCAACUGGAUCAACUCUCUUGGCGUCUCUCCAUAUAUCAACCACCUGUACUGGGACCUGUGUGAUGGUUUGGUGAUUAUGCAGCUUUAUGAGAAGGUUAAUGUACCUGUCAACUGGAAGAAAGUCAACAACCCCCCUUAUCCUGUCCUGGGGGCCAACAUGAAGAAGCUGGAGAACUGUAACUAUGCUGUGGAACUGGGCAGAGACGUAGCUCACUUCUCUCUGGUCGGCAUUGGAGGAGAAAACUUGAACGAGGGCAGUCGUAUGCACACCCUGGCGCUGGUCUGGCAGCUGAUGAGGAGGUACACAGUGCUGGUUUUGUCAGAUCUGGGCGACGGAGAGAAGGUUGGAGAUCAGAUCAUCCUCAACUGGGUGAACACCACCCUGAGCCAGAAGCGCAAGGACACACAGAUCAGCAGCUUCAAGGACAAACUGAUCAGCACCAGUCUGCCAGUGAUUGACCUGAUCGACGCCAUCGCUCCUGGUUCUGUCAAGUGGGACAUGGUGAAGAGAGGAGAGAAAGGAAUGCUGAACGAUGAAGAUAAACUCAGCAAUGCCAAGUAUGCAAUCUCACUGGCCCGCAAGAUCGGCGCUCGUGUCUACGCGCUGCCUGAUGAUUUGGUGGAGGUGAAUCCCAAGAUGGUGCUGACGGUGUUUGCCUGCCUGAUGGGCAUGAAAAAGACCAAACCACUGAACCAGAAAUGAACAAACCUCUUGAGUACUAUCUACAUUUCUGCAUUUUGUUUCUACAUGCUACUUUUGCACAUUUUUGACAUCAUUGUGAUUUCUUUUCUUUGACCUUCAAUCUUGCUAGUGGCAUUCACAGCAAGAACAUCUCUCAUUCUCUGUUAUUCUAUCCAUGAAAACAAUACACGGACCUAAAGUUAGAAAUUAUGUCUCAUCAGCAAAACUGAUACCUUUGUUUAUCUGUGAUUUCACAGAACAAUCUCUUAAUUGUUCUUUGUUGUAUGAUAUUUAAGAGGAGAUGAGCAAAAAAGAGAAAAGCAAAAUUACACACACAUCUCCUCCUUUGGCAACGAUAUUUCUGUAAAUGUUGUGCAUUGAAUAUUGCUAUUUAAUUAUUAAAAAGAAUCUAUUAAAUGUACUGAAGAGCCUUGUAUAUGUGUGUUGUUGUCUCUCAAUAAAAAAUCUUUCACAACUUUCAGAAGUUUAAACCAGGUCAUUUAUAUGUUAGUCCAUAAAUCCUGUUGAGGUCAUGUGUCAGUGAUGUUGUGAGUAAAAAACAGAAG